AUGGGCGUCUUUGCCAACCGGUUCAUGGGCAUAGCCGAGCAAAUGGGCCGCGCGCUCCAGAAAACGUCGGUGAGCACCAACAUCAAAGAGCGUCUGGACUUUAGCUGUGCCAUCUUCUCCGCCGACGGAGGGCUGGUGGCGAACGCACCCCAUGUCCCUGCCAUGCUGGGCAGCAUGGCCUUUUCGGUGCGGUGGCAGAUCGAGCACUGGAGGGGUAACAUACGCAGGGGAGAUGUGUUUCUGAGCAAUGCCCCGGCCGCUGGUGGCGCGCAUCUUCCCGACCUGACAGUCAUCAGCCCCGUGUUCGACGAAGCCGGGGAGCAAGUGCUCUUUUGGACGGCGUCACGGGGUCACCAUGCGGACGUGGGCGGCAUCGUGCCGGGGUCCAUGCCGGCAAUGUCCAAGGAGAUUUGGGAAGAAGGCGCCAUCAUAGAGAGCAUGAAGAUUGUGGAAGAUGGAGUUUUCCAGGAGGAGUUACUCUACGAGGCGAUGGUGGUGGCCCCGAGUCGAUACCCUGGCUGCGAGGGUGCCCGGUCGUUCCAAGACAACGUCACCGGCAUCAAAGCCCAAGCGGCGGCGAACCAGAAAGGGAACAGCCUCAUCGCAUCCUUGAUAAAGGAGUAUACGCUGGACACCGUCAUGAAGUCCAAACAGCCUCCGAGAAUGCCGUCAGGGACUUUUUCAAGAAGAUUGCGCGCCAAAAAGGACGGGGCGUAUUUGAAGCGGAGAGACUUUAUGGACGACGGGUCGAGGAUAAGAUUGCAAAUCAGGAUUAACCCAGAGACUGGCAGCGCGGACUUUGACUUUACUGGGACGAGUCCCCAAGCCUACCGCGCGUCUCUCAGAUGCAAUUGGAACGCCCCUCAGGCCGUCUGCAACGCAGGCAUUAUAUACACGCUCCGCUGUCUCGUCGACGCCGAGAUUCCACUCAAUCAGGGCUGCAUACUCCCCGUCAACGCCAUCAUCCCCGAGGGCAGCCUCCUCAAGCCGUCCAAGGACGCAGCCGUAGCGGCAGGCAACGGCCUAACCAACCAGCGCCUCGUCGACGUCAUCCUGAAGGCCUUUGAGGUCUGCGCGGCAAGCAACGGCUGCAUGGCCAACUUCACCUUUGGGCUCGCCCAGAAGGACGGCGUCGCCGGCGGCGGCUUCGGAUACUACGAGACCAUAGCGGGAGGCAGCGGCGCCGGCCCGUGGUGGGUCGGCGAGGACGGCAUCCACUGCCACAUGACCAACACGCGCAUCACGGACGCGGAGGUCCUGGAGCGUCGGUAUCCCGUCUUGCUGAGAGAGUUUAGCCUCCGCGUGGGCAGUGGAGGGGAGGGCAGGUUUAGAGGUGGGAUGGGGGUGAAUAGAGAGAUCGAGUUCCUGAUCGACAUGCAUGCGGGGAUCCUCUCUGAGCGCCGGGUGUUCCAGCCGUACGGGAUGGUGGGUGGGUUGCCGGGUGCGAGGGGAGAGAAUCUCUGGCUCCGACGCAACGGACAGUUGAUUAAUGUUGGAGGCAAGGCCGCGUGUUACGUCAAGGCCGGUGAUCGCAUGCGGAUCUCUACGCCGGGAGGUGGCGGCUAUGGCACGCCGGUGCAUUCAGCGGGGGGCGAUUAG